AUGGAUGAUUUUGAAGACUUUGAAAUAACAAAUGAUGAUUUGACGCGGAUUGAAGAAAUAGAAAUUUCCUUGCUCAAUAGUAGCUUUCACCUAAGUUCGGAGCCUGAGGAAGAGUAUGACUUACAACCACAUUUACGAAAGCGACGUCGACGAGUUCUGUCCAUUAGUGACACGAGUGACAUUGAACUUGAAAAUGGUGUGCCAAAUACUUCUGGUCACACCGCGUCGCUCCCUGUAUCAUCUACCGUGUGGCACCAACCAAAAGGUAAUCAGCGUCGGAUUAUCCCCUACACUGAAUUCCCAGGAUUAGAUCCACGAGUUGUAAGGGAAAUGAUCGAUAAGACCCCGGCAGAUUUCUAUCAUUUUUAG